CUCUAAAUACAUUUUACUAGCCACAUUUUAACAUUUAUCCUAUUAAAUUAACAGAUACAUGCACUUCCCUUGUAUAUAUAUAUAUAUAUAUAUACUAGUCCAACCCCAUAUCCUCAUAAAGCAAAUAAACACAAACCCAUUUCUCCAUUUUUCUUAUUUCCUCUCUUAGACAAAGAACAAAAUAAAAAUAAAAAUGGAUUACAGCUGUGUUGUAGACGACAGUAGUACAACGUCAGAGUCUCUCUCCAUCUCUACUCCGAAGGAGAUGAUGAACAAACUCUCUUCUCCUCCGUCGACGACGACGCGUCUUUAUAGAAUGGGAAGCGGCGGAAGCAGCGUCGUUUUGGAUUCAGACAACGGAGUCGAGACCGAGUCACGCAAGCUCCCUUCUUCCAAAUACAAAGGCGUCGUCCCUCAGCCUAACGGCAGAUGGGGCGCUCAGAUUUACGAGAAGCACCAGCGUGUCUGGCUCGGUACGUUCAACGAGGAAGAAGAAGCCGCCACUUCUUACGACAUCGCCGCCAGGAGGUUCCGCGGCCGCGACGCCGUCACUAAUUUCAAAUCUCCGACGACGACGGACGCCGAGUCUGCUUUUCUUGACGCGCACUCCAAAGCCGAGAUCGUUGACAUGCUGAGGAAACACACUUACGCCGACGAGCUCGAACAGAGCAGACGGAAAUUUGUUAACGGUAACGGAAACCGAUGUGGGUCGGAGACGGCGGUGUCAUCGAACGACGCUGUUUCGAGAGCGCGUGAGGUUUUGUUCGAGAAGGCUGUUACGCCGAGCGACGUCGGGAAGCUGAACCGGUUGGUGAUACCGAAACAACACGCGGAGAAACAUUUUCCGUUACCGGCGAUGACGACGGAGACGGGGGUGAGUCCGUCUCCGGCGAAAGGUGUGUUGAUUAACUUGGAAGACAGAACAGGGAAAGUGUGGCGGUUCCGUUACAGUUACUGGAACAGCAGUCAAAGUUACGUGUUGACCAAGGGGUGGAGCCGGUUCGUUAAAGAGAAGAAUCUUCGAGCAGGUGAUGUGGUUUGUUUCGAGAGAUCUACCGGACCAGACCGGCAAUUGUUUAUCGACUGGAAAGUCCGGUCUAGUCCGGUUCAGACUGUGGUUAGGCUUUUCGGAGUCAACAUUUUCAAUGUGGCGACGACUGGUAAUCCAAACGACGUCGCAGUGGAGUUUGGUGGUGGCAAGAAGAAGAGAUCUCGGGGAGAUGAUUUGUUUUCGUUAGGGUGUUCCAAGAAGCAGACGAUGAUUAACAUCUUGUGACAAUUUCCAUUCUUAUAAAUCUGUUUGUUUUUUUUAUUUUGGCAAUGUUUUUUAAUUAAAAUUGGCAAGUUGUAAAUUAGGACAAAGACCAAGAAAAAAUGACAACUAGACAAAAUAGUUUUUGUUUACAUCUAAUUUAGGGUUUGUUUUUCACCCUCUCUGAAAUAUUAUGAUGUGUUUAAUUUCCACCUUGAAUCUUAUUAUACCAAUCUUAAAUUA